UCCAAGCGGUAUCAGUAUUGGAGGCUCUUAUAAGCUCUUACACGUCCUCGUCCUUUUCGUUCGUCCUCAGUGCAGGAUAACGAAGUAGUCACUUCUUUCACCGUCUUCAAAAACGGGUCGUUUUAUUCAGAGUGCAGCAUUAGAUUAGCUUCGUGGCUGUUAUUUGGCCCAUUAUACUACAUUUGAAGCGUGAAGUUUGAAAGAGGACUCUGGACAAUCAUCAUCACCAGGACUGCAAUGGAUGUGAUCAUGCGUCGGUGCCCAUUCCUGGCUCGUGUGCCCCAGGCUUUUUUCCAGCAAUCCAAAAAGUCUAUGGUGGUCUACGCCCAGCAAUGUCCCAUUAUGAUGGAGCUUGCCGCUAAACCUAUGGCUCCAUCAAUGGCACGUGCCCUCUGCUCCUCCUCUUCCUCCCGUCAGAAGAUGGAAGACAUCAUGUCUGCCAGUGAAGCAGGCCGCAAACAGGAAGGGGAUCCUAAGCUGCCAGGUGGCCACCCUAUGCCAUCCUCAGGCCAGGUGGCUUCCAAAUGCCCUUUCCUGGCAGCUGAGAUGGGCCAGAAGAACAGCAAUGUGGUCCGCCAGGUCGGUGUGGAGUUCCAAGAGGAUGUUCAGGAAGUCCGCACUGUUCAGAAAGAAGUGUCCACUGCCCAAUUGAAGAAGCCGUCCCUGGCCAGUACCAUUCAGGGAAGUGGCGGGGAGCAGACUAAUCUAAUGAAGACCCUCCUGAAACAGCGGCCCAAAGGCGUCUCCCAUUUGCUGCAGGACAACCUGCCAGGCAAAAUGUCCCGCUACCAAUACGAUCUCUUUUUUGAGAAAAAGAUAGAAGAGAAAAAAAGUGACCACACAUACCGUGUGUUCAAGACUGUGAAUCGUCUGGCCAACGAGUUCCCCAUGGCCGAAGACUUCACCGGUUCUUUAGAGGCCAAGAGGGAGGUGUCCGUUUGGUGCAGCAACGACUACCUAGGCAUGAGUCGACACCCACGGGUCGUGCAAUCCAUUGUGGAUACUCUGAGAAAGUAUGGUUCAGGUGCAGGCGGCACCAGGAACAUCUCCGGGACCAGUAAGUUCCACGUGGAACUGGAACAAGAACUGGCUGACCUUCACAAGAAGGAUGCUGCACUGCUCUUCACCUCCUGCUUUGUUGCCAAUGACUCCACCCUCUUCACCCUCGCCAAAAUGCUACCUGGUUGUGAGAUCUACUCUGAUGCAGGCAACCACGCCUCAAUGAUCCAGGGUAUCAAGAACAGCGGUGCUAAGAAAUUUAUUUUCCGCCACAAUGACCCCUCCCAUCUCCGAGAGCUUCUACAGAAGGGAGACCCCACAAAACCCAAGAUUGUGGCCUUUGAGACCGUCCAUUCCAUGGAUGGUGCUGUGUGUCCGCUGGAGGAGAUGUGCGACGUGGCUCAUGAGUUUGGUGCCAUCACCUUUGUAGACGAGGUUCACGCCGUGGGCCUGUAUGGCGCCCGAGGAGGGGGCAUCGGAGACAGGGAUGGCAUCAUGCACAAGAUGGAUAUCAUCUCAGGGACACUAGGCAAGGCCUUCGGCUGUGUGGGCGGCUACAUCGCAAGCACUGCAGCUCUGGUGGACACGGUGCGUUCCUACGCCGCUGGUUUCAUCUUCACCACCUCUCUGCCACCAAUGCUAUUAGAAGGAGCCAAAAACUCAAUCCAGGUUCUUAAAGGGGAAGAGGGCCGCGCACUGAGACGCAAACACCAGCGCAACGUCAAGCUGCUCAGACAAAUGCUGAUGGACUCGGGGCUGCCAGUGGUGCACUGCCCCAGCCACAUCAUCCCAGUCCGGGUAUCAGACGCAGAGAAAAACACAGAGGUGUGUGACCUCAUGAUGAGUCGCCACAACAUCUAUGUGCAGGCCAUCAACUAUCCUACCGUUGCACGAGGAGAAGAGCUUCUACGUAUCGCUCCAACGCCUCACCACAACCCUGAGAUGAUGAAAUACUUUGUUGAGAAGCUGGUGCACACAUGGAAGGAAGUUGGCCUGGAGCUGAAGCCCCACUCCUCAGCAGAGUGCACGUUCUGCCAGCAGCCGCUGCACUUUGAGGUGAUGAGCGAUCGUGAAAAGUCGUUCUUCAACGGCCUCAGCCACCCUAUCUCAGCCUGCGCAUAACACUACUCUCUGCUGCACCUAGACACGGCACAUAAACACUCACCACCCAUUCCUCUAUCACUGUCAUAGAAUGUAUUCAUUAUCUUUGAGAAGUCCUCCUACACAUUAUUUUAAAUAUUCUAUGUUCAGAUGUUAUGUAUAUUCACCAAAUAAAAU